ACUUACCCGCGACUUGUGGUCUCGAUGAUGACGACAUUAAUUCGCUCCGCCAUCGACUGCGAGAUCAAGACGCUUUAAAGACAUUUGAGGCGCGCUGUUCUACCGUCAUGUAGUGAAGUCCGUAUUGUCUCUAUUUCACCGUGAUUUUCCUUCCUGUGUCACUUAUUCAUCCUUCGCAUAUUCAUCUAAUCUCCUUGCCAUGACUGUCGUCCAUGUCCUCGACGACUAUUACCUAGCAAUCACAGCCAUCAUCACUGUCGCCUACCAGCUCUUCUUCUUCGCCAUCGCAUUCACCUUCAAAUUCGACAAGCUCACUGACUUCGCAGGCGGCACCAACUUCGCGCUCCUGGCCAUCCUCACUCUCGCAUUCAGCGGCCAUCACCAUGCACGCCAAGUGGUCGCCAGCCUAUUCCUGAUCGCCUGGGCGCUCCGCCUCUCUGGAUUCCUGCUCUUCCGCAUCCUCCGCACCGGCAAGGAUGACCGCUUCGACGACAAACGCGACCGCUUCUUCCCAUUCCUUGGCUUUUGGGUCUUCCAGAUGUUCUGGGUUUGGACCGUCUCGCUGCCUGUAACGUUGCUCAACUCGCCCGCCGUCACUCGCUACCCCCAACACCGCUUCGGGACGGGUCGGGACAUUGCGGGCAUCGUCAUGUUUGCAAUUGGGUUCGUCAUGGAGAGCGUGAGUGAUGUGCAAAAGUAUCGCUUUCGGAAGACGCACAAUGGGAGAGAUGUGUGUGACAAAGGCUUCUUUGCGUGGUCGCGCCAUCCAAACUACUUUGGGGAAAUCCUCGUUCAAUUUUCCAUCUACAUGAUUGCCGUUUCCUCCGCGGCAGAUGGAUAUGUCGGCGGCCAGGCUUUCAAAGCCCUCUAUGCCAGCAUCGUCGGGUCCUUCUUUCUCACGAUCCUCCUCAUGUUCGUGUCUGGAUUGACUCUAUCUGAGCGGCCCAAAGCCAAGACGCGGUACGAGAAGGACCAAAAUUGGGAGGGAUACAAGCGCUGGCUCAACCGAACCAGUAUUCUCAUCCCAUUCCCACCAGCACUGUACGAGAAGAUGCCCACCGUCCUGAAACGGACAGUGUUCCUCGAGUUCCCCAUAUAUGUCUUCGAUCCCGCGAAGCACUCCGACGUAACCAGGCCUGGUGGGUCAGCAGGAGAGGAUCGAGCUAGAGAGACGAAUGGAGAUAAUAGAAGGAGCGUCGAGGAGACGUUGGUAUAAGACAAAUAGCCCCGUUUAU